AUGUUUAGGGGGGUGGGUUGGAGACGCCGGCAUAGUCAAGAAGAGAUUGAGCGGGCGGCUAGGGUGUUGGGUGUGCCGGUGCCGGUGCCGGGGUCAAGGGGAAGCAGUAGAGGGAGGGUUCUUCCGACCGAUGGUGGGUGGGAGAGGUGCUCUACGUCGAGUUCGGGAGAGGUGGAGAGUACACGACCGUCGGUGGUGCCGCUGCGGAGAAGUGGGCAGAGAAGAAGUCGGAGGCCGGGUGAUGGUUGGGAGGCGGAUGAUGAGUUGCGGAAGGGGUCGGGAGAGGGGUCGGAGGAGGAAAUUGCCUGGUCGGUGGGGUCUGAGGAACGGCCGAGCACACCGCCGAGGGUUGGGUUUUGUGAGGGUGAGGGUGAUGAGGAGGGGGGUGGUGAGCAAGAGGGGAGUGGUGAAGAGGAUGGUGGUGAGCAAGGAGAAAAGGGUGGUGAUAAGAAGAGAAAGAGGUCGAGGUCUCCUGGCGGGUCUGAGAGGCAAGGCAAGAAGAGAAGGAGGGGGUCAAAACCACCGUCUGCUGAAGCGUCUGAGGAGUCAGAGGUUGACUUGAAUGAUAACCCGUCUGCUGAAGCACCAGAGGAGCGGUCUGAUGUCGAAAUGGAUGAUGAGGAAGUUGAUGAUGAACCGGCUGAGGAGCAGGCCGAGGUUGGAAUGGAUGACGAGCAAACUGAUGAUGAAUCCCCUGCUCAACCACAAGCCCCUCCUCAAGCUCAACCCCCUCCUCCACCUCAACCUCCUCCUCAACCAAGCCUGUCACGAGACGAUCAACAAGGAGCAGUACCGCACGGGAGCCUGGUUUCUAUGCUGAGGUAA